AUGAGGGCCCGUUAUCUUCGAAAUCUCAUGUUUGCAAUCACAGGACCGGCGUUGAUUAACGUCCCAACUGGUUUUAGGACACCAGCCGAACCCUAUGUCACUGAUGUAUUUGAAAGAACUUUUACUUUCGGAGUUAACAUGUGUAAUGCAUGUGUAGAUUUACUUAAAUGGGGUGUCCUCCUGUGGCUACCUUUUGCGAUCCCUAACCGAGUCGCACGCCUAAUGAAUCCGUCUUAUAAGCGGUGGCUUCUUGCAAAAACCAUCGGAAUUCGAUUGGUUUAUCCUGGGUGCUUAGGCUUGUUCAAUUCAUGGGCCCUGGAACCACGAAUGAAGGCCCUGGAAUCUUUGCGAGCUACGGUGAUCUGUUGCGAAGGGAAUGUGGGAUUUGCUGAGAUUGGGAUCGUGAGCACUCCGUUGACCGCAGGCUAUUCUGUCCUUGCAUGGAAUCACCCCGGAUUCGGAAGCAGCUCGGGUCUGCCGUUUCCCGAGCACGAACUUAAUGCAAUGGAGGCGGUUGUGCUCUUUGCUACGCAGUAUUUGCACUUCGAGCUUCCGGACAUCCGCCUGUUCGGCUGGUCGAUUGGUGGCUUUCCUGCAACCUGGGCUGGAAUGCACUUUCCUAAUAUUGGGGGAUUGAUCCUGGACGCAACGUUCGAUACACUUGAUGAACUGAGCAAGAAUGCGUUGCCAUUUUUAAGGGAAUCAGUCCCGGUUGCUGUGGUUCGAAGAUACUUCGAUUUGAACAACCUCGCCCAGAUAACCGAGUAUCCCGGGCCUAUUUUGAUCAUGCGGCGAAGUCAUGAUGAGAUCAUCUCUACAAAUUCGACUGAACAAAUCCUAUCGAACCGCGGAAAUAAUUUAGUAGUUGGACUACUUAAGUACAGGUAUUUUCUUUCCCGUGAAUACAUGACUGCUAGCGAAACUUUUCCCAAUUAUUUUACACUGUCCCGUUUCAGAUUCCCACAUCUAUUUAAUGAUGACACAGAGGCGGUGCUCUGGAAGUAUCUCGCAAUGGAUAGAAGCGCGCAAGGCAUGUCUCGGUUAGGAGUUCUGAUAAUCAUUGUACUGUCCCUAGAAUCUUACCUGGCGAAACACGCCAUUGUGGACGACAUGAUAGGGCCCAUUUUGCAACGCGAGUUCCGCAAGGAGCUACUGGAUUUCGCUUGUACGGAGGACGAGGAGAUGCUCGGCCUCGUAACGGAAGUACACCGCUCCCUCCCCUUUCCUUCACACUUGGGUGAAAGUGGAAUCAGUGACGCCAUGAAGCGCUCUAUCCUCAUUUACUUGACAAGCAAGUAUUUCGUCGAAGUUAAAGGCACCCAUUGUACAUCCUUGGACUCGGAGGCUUUCCAAGAGCCCUGGUCUGAGCACCUCAUUCUCAGUCGCUCGCAAACUGUUAACACCGAUUCGGGUGCAACUGAUGAUGAAAACGCUGAUGACGUUGAGAAAGAAGAGGAAGGAAAUGGUUGGGAGAAGGUGGCUUGA